UCCCGGCCUCGCUGCGCAGCAGCCGGCGAUCUCGGGCCGGCCCGCUCCCCGAGCCGAGCGCUCCCCGGCCCGCUCUGCGCUCCCUGGCUCGGUUCCCCGCGCCCUGCUCCCUGCGCCCCGCUCCCCGCGCCCCGCGCCGCCGGCGCGCCAUGGCGCCCAGCAGCCUUCUCUGCGCGCAGUGCGCCUGCUACGUCCUGGCCUUCCUGUUCAGCUUCGCGGUGGUGGUGCCCCUGUCCGAGAACGGCCGCGACUUCCGCGGGCGCUGCCUGCUGUUCACCGAGGGCAUGUGGCUGAGCGCCAACCUGACCGUGCACGAGCGCGAGCGCUUCACGGUGCAGGAGUGGGGCCCCCCGGCCGCCUGCCGCUUCGGCCUGCUGGCCGGCCUGCUCUCGCUGCUGCUGGCCGCCGCCCACGCCUGGCGCGCGCUCUUCUUCCUCUGCAAAGGACACGAGGGCUCCUUCUUCCACGCCUUCCUGAGCCUGCUGGUCAGCGCCUGCGUGGUCUUCCUCGUCUUCAUCGCCGGCACCAUCGUGAGCGUGGGCUUCACCAUGUGGUGUGACACCGUCACCGAGAAGGGCACCGUGCCCCACAGCUGCGAAGAGCUCCAGGACAUCGACUUGGAGCUGAGUGUGGACAACUCUGCCUUCUACGAUCAAUUUGCGAUUGCCCAGUUCGGCCUCUGGGCUGCCUGGCUGGCGUGGCUGGCCGUCGCCACGCUGGCCUUCCUGAAGGUCUACCACAACUACCGCCAGGAGGACCUGCUGGACAGCCUGGUGCACGAGAAGGAGCUGCUGCUGGCCCGGCCGUCCCCGCGCGGGGCCUUCCAGGAGGAGAAGAGCGCCGUCAUCUAGGGGCGGGGGCCAGGCCCAGGCCCCACUGCGCCCAGAGCCCUAGGCCAGUCUUGGGGAGCGGCUGGGGGCUCUGCCUGGGUCCCACCCCGCCACGUGCAGCUCUGCACGUGUUCCCUGCUGCCGCGUGUGGUGAGGCGAGCCUGACAGCUGACUGGGGGUGCCGGCUUCACGACCGGGAUGGCACAGAGACCAUGGACACCUCCGGGCCUGUGUAGUGCCUCACACCUGGCCCGGUGGGACCUGGCCCCCGAGCCGGGCAGAGGGCUCCUAGCUGGUCUCUCAGACCCCUCUGGCCACCCGCUUGAUGGGGAACUGCCCCUCUGGGCCCUGGCCCCACGGCGGCUUGCCCAGGAGGUGGCCAGAUGUCUGUCCCAUUACCUGUUCCUGAACUCGUGUGUGGGACACGAAUUCAACUGACACCUGUGACUUGGGCCAGAGGCCCGAGUUUGGGAAGGAGCUUGCGGCACCUCCAGCCUUGGCCGCAGGCAGCCCCCUCCCCGGGCUGAGUCCCCUCCGGGGUGGGUGCCAGCCCUGGUGGCCAGGCCUGGUCUCAGCAUUGAAGAUGCAGGGACAUGGUGUCUGUGGCGGCAGGUGGUGGCUGUGGGCACGGAGGCUCCUUCAGUGGCCUCCUCUGUUCUCUGCCGCAGGACUGGGAGUGUGCGGCCCGGCUCCCAGAGGCUUGCCCGUGUGUGGGCCCGCCCGAGCUUGGUGGGGAGGGUGGAGGCGGGGGUGUGGGCUCCGCAGAGUGGGGACGUCAUUUGUAAGGGAUGAGAGGGGCACACAUGCCACACAUGGAGGAUGGGGCCAGGUGCCAUGGCAGGUAUCUGUGCAUGCAAGUGAGCAUGGGAGGAUGUGACUGGUGAUGAUGUUUGCAUG